AAGGAGAAAGAUGAGUUAUUGCUAUCUUGUCAAAUCUAUAUGUAUCUAACCUUAAUUUUAAACUUUCUAUUUUAAUCACAUGAACCACACUAUUGCUUAGUUUGUUUCUAGAUGUGAAUAUAGGACCUGAUAACCCAUUUAGCUGCCAAUUGUACCUAAAAAUAUAGCAUCUAACUGCCUGUGUAUUUGACUCCUGCAGUGACUUAUAAUGACACUGAUUUGUUGUGGUGGUGUGGUUAGGGGCUAUCUGAUGUAUACAUGAGUACUGUGGUAGAAAUAUCAACCUUUUGUUCUUAUCCCUGUAUGUAUGUGUGUGUGUGUUUUGUCAUUAAUCUGUCCAGCUUUUCGUGGAAACUAUAAGAUUAUUUUUCUCUUUGCAGACCCAGCGGCCGGAGCAGAGUGUGAUGCAAGCCCUGGAGAGCUUAAAUGAUGGACAGGUUAACGACUUCUUGACGGGCAAGGCGCCGCUCAACCUGACCAUGCGUUUGGGGGACCACAUGAUGCUCAUCCAACUGCAGCUGUCUACCGUGUCCCCCAGCGGCUCCCGGAAGACCCGCCUGCAGCCCUCCCACACCCACUCCCACCACGACCACCACACACUCGGGGGGGCCACCCGCUCCUCCUCCCACAGCCACCCCCUCACCCCACCCUACACCCCCCACACCACCACCUGCUCCGGCUACUCCCCCACCCACACCGCCAGCCUAUCCAGCCAGACCUCCUCCCUCCCCCCCACUGCCCUCUCCAUGAACACCAGUCACGCCCCAGCUGCCGCCACCGCCACACCCUCCCUCUCAGCGGCCACCAACACCGCCGCCACCACCAGAGCCGCCUCCCCGUCCUCCCCUUCAUCCUCCUCCUCCACCUCCUCGUCUCCCUCCUAUGCGUCCACACUCCACCACCAGCACAACCUCCUCCACCACCACCAUCACCAUCAUCACCACCAUCACCACAGCAUGGGCUGCAGCGGCUCCCCCUCCUCCCCACCGUCACCCUACCUGACCACACCCCCGCAUCACCACCACCAUCACCACCACCACCACCACCACCGGCCACCCACAGGCUCCCCCUCCACCCCCACCAGCCCCACCUCCUCCACCUCCUCUACCUCCAGUGGGUCAAACACCAGCACCCCGACGGGUCUGGGGUGUGAUGACCUGCCCAUCCGCGGCUGUCCUCACCGGGGGGAGGACACCGACCCCCGCGCCUCCCUGGACACCAAGGCCCUGGCUGAGGCCUCCCGCAACCUGACGCAGACCCUCAAGCAGCUGUCCUCGGAAGUCCUCACCUCCAAGCCAGACCAGAAGGAGGUGAGCAAGGACACUGUCACACCCCCUGAAGUGGCCACUGCCUCCCUGGGAACUCUAGGCAGCAACAGCAGUAGUAGCAGUAGCACUAGUAGUAGUAGUAACAAUUGUAAUAGUAACAGCUGUAGUAGUAGUAGUAGUAGUUGUACAAGUGGUAGUAGCAGUAGCAAUAACAGCAGCAGCAGCACCACCACCACCAGCACCACCACCAACACCACCAACAGUAGCAGCAGCAGCAACAGUAGCACUGGUGCCACUGGCAGUAGUUGCAGCAGCAGUGGCAGCGGCAGUGCCAGCAGCCACAGCCCCAGUGCCGGGCCCAAGAAGCAGGGAGCCAUCAUAGAGAGCAUGCACCACCACGGCAAGGGCGUCUACUCAGGCACUUUCUCAGGGACUCUAAACCCAGCACUGCAGGACAGACAGGGGCGGCCUAAACGGGAUAUCUCCACCAUCAUCCACAUCCUCAACGACUUGCUGUGUGCCACACCUCAGUACAGACGCCACUCCACCAACAUCACCCUCAGUACCUCAUCCACUCCCACCAGCAGCCGCGGCAAGGCCGGGGCGGGACCAGCCAGGGCAGGGCUGCAGCACGUAAGUGUUGCCUCCACCACCACUGCCCUUCAGUCUCAGGACAAUGCAGCCGACUCCAGUGUAAGGAAGAAUGCCACCACCACUCAGACUGCUGAGCAAGAUUCAGGGGAUGAGAACCAGGCCAUGCGGACCAAAGUGGAGCAGCUGCGCCUCAUCAUGGAGCAGAGGCGGGCCCGGCGCAAGGCUCGCAGAGACGCCCGUGCCCGGCCGUACCCACACACACCCAGCUCCUGGACAAGUGACACCACAGUCCCCACUGUUGUCACCACCAGCAGCACCACCACCAGUGCCAGCCAGGCCAUGGAUGUGGACAGCAGUGGCACAGCAGAGGCCACUGACCCCACAGCACUGUGUGAGCUGAACUCAGAGACUGUGGUGGCUUAAUGCCGGCCCACCGCUAGAGGAGGGUUGAGGGUUUGUUGACGGAGGCGGCAGUGUGCCGCGCUGGGCUGGCCGCGUUGUAGUGGCUGUAGUGGUAAGUGGUGAGGAGUGUUCUUUGCACAACUGCCUGUUACCGUGGGUAACUUGGCCAUACCUGGGAGGCCCCACACAGCAGGCUUCAGCUGUGACGUGUAGUGGAGGAUUGCAAGCUGUUUCAUCUGUGAUUUAGGGGUGAAUGUGUUGAAGUUGACUUGCAGUGUAGUGUUGAUUGAUGUUGUGCUUCCACAGUUGGAAAUGUGACGAGUUUCAGGCAAAUCAUGCAAAAGUUAGGUAUACAUGCUUCGUUAAAGCUGUCUGCAACAUGACAUGUAAUGUCUUUUGUGAACUUCAUUCUUAAAAUUCAUCACCAAACAAACCUGGCAUUCAAGCAAACAUUGUGUGGAAUGUGGCAGUCUGCACAGGAUAACCCAGAAGUUUACGUUCAUCCAUCAGUGCAGCGCCCGAGAGUUUGUUUGGCGCCGGCCUUGGGCCAACAGGGACGUGGCCCACACAGUGUUGGAUGGCAUGCAGGAUGUGUAUCAGGUGGCCUUCUGAGUCUCAAGUGGCUGCAGGGACCUCAAGGGGUCAGCUGGCUGCCUGGGGACUCAGGGCAUUGUUUAGCAGAUUGUCGUGAUUCCCUUGAGGAACAGCCGGGCCUGUCCCUUGAGGGUCCCUGGCCAUAGCCUUGGCCAAGUGCUCAACACUUUGUGACUUGGGCACAAGACCACUCAACGGGCAGCAUUCUAGGCUACAUCAGGAGGGUAUUACAUCAUCUGAGCAAAGGUUUAAUCUACCUCGUCAUAAAACCAAUCACUUACUACAAACAGAUCAUAUUAACCCUAAUCUAAUAUUAUAUAAUAAUAUACUGUACGCUGUUUAUCAUUCAGGAUGUCAUCUUGGCUGUUAUAGCGCCAUAUAUUCAAUUGCCAUAGUUACAUGUAGAUGUGGUUGACUCACCUUUUGUGUCACUCUUUCGGCUUGUAUGAAAUCAUGAAUCACCCGGCCAGCCACUUGCUAUGGAGAUGACGCUGCUUUGUUUCUUGACCUUAAAGUGAUGUGUCCAAGUGCGGGUUGACUUUGUAUGCUUCACCAGUGCUGUAAAUAACACAUGAGCCUUUCAAGGUGCAGAGGCAUCUCCAUACCUGGAAAAAAAAAAGAGAAGUGUGUGUAGUGAUUGUUCAAAUUACUGGCCCUUACUCUUAGGCCCUCGGCUAACACAGAUAAAGGUGCCAGGCAGUCAUCUUUCAUAAUGCACAGUUAACAAAAAUUCAAACUGUAACUCAACCAUUACUGACAAACAAAUUGCUGGUCUGUGCUCGUGUGGUGUAGGCAACUGUUGAAUAGAAUUACUCUUGGUGACAGGUAAAGAAACACAAGAAGCAAAAAUCUUAAAAAACUCAUGAGAUUUCAGUGUAAAAUUUCCCUACAGGUGAAGAUGUGAGAACUUUUUCAUACUUGUAACAUAUGAAUUUGAUCUUUUCUGCAUGGAGGCGUACCUUCAGUGAUAUCCCAAAAUUGUUUGUAGAUUCGCCUUUUUGUAUACGUUUUCCUGGUGAUGUUACAUCACCAAACUUGUUAUGUGGCAUUGUGUUACUUAGUUGGUUCAUUCUCAUGCUCAGUGCUCAUACUAGUGUGGCGGGAGGCCGUGGCGGUGGCAGCGGUGCGGCCGUUGGUCACAACCCUCACAACACCAUUAAAAUGGGGAACUCAAAACAAAAGUAUGGGACAGAAAUAUCUACGGGACUCUUUCUGAACAGCCUGCACCCUGAUGACUAGUUGUACGCCUUGAUCAGGAAGUAAUCCAGUGAAGGGUGUUGGAGCGUUGUCACCAAGGCGGCCAGGCCACCCACGGCUUUCCCAUGCGUUGGACAGGUGAAUUAGGUGUGUAUGGUGCUUAAUUAGUUCUUUCACCCUGUACUGACAAGUGUUUAGCAUUAUGAUAACUCUUUGAUAUUUUUAUAUAAAUAACAGUUUAUAGUUGAUAUGCAUACAAAAGAUGUCUAUUCCCUUGAAGAUGAAUUUCUUAGCAAUUUUGCCUUGUAUAAUGAUUUGCCUCAUAACCGGCAACUGUGUCCACAUUACAGCAAAGGAAAUGGUUACGUUCUUCAAACUUAAAAAUGGAAUACAAGGAAAAUAUAUGACAAAGUAGGUCAAGCAUUUGUACAAUAUGCUUUUAAAAGGCAACAAAUAACCAUUGAUAAGGCUUUGUUUGUUAGGGCUGAGUGGAAACUAUCUAAGGGGACUGCUUGGAAAACUUACAUAGCCUUGACACAAGUAAAUAAAUAUGGCCGUGUGGAGUUACAAGCCAGCGGCACAGCACCAAGUAAUGUCCUUAGUUCAUAUGAUUGUUGUUGACGGACAAUUUUUAGCACUCCUCAGGUACUGCGGAGGAGAACUGAAAUUUAAGUGAGUUAUUUCUGUUAUCUUCAUAAGCUGUGUUUAAACUUGACUUUUCUGUUUCCAAAGUUUACAUAUCUUCACUGUAGCAAGUUUGUAAGACUUGUGUUAUGGAAUAUGUUAUAAAUUUAUGUUAAUGCUAUUUUUGGUAACUUGAUUACACUGCAUCAUCCAGUGCAGUGUCUGGUUAGCAAGUAUUAUAAUGUUAUGUGAUUGCGUUACUCGUUGCGUUAUGGUAAUUAGAAUUAUUGAGGGUAUUAUUAACUUGUUGAUGUUCUCAGUUCUGAAUAAGAAAACAAACAAAAAAAUGUAUGAAAUGACCUCAAGCAUGGUUGAAGUCUGUAACAUUUGACCUAAAAGUCUUGCAUGAAUGUGAUGCUGCUGACAGCCUCACACAGGGCAGUUAUUGUGAUACUAGGCAAUGACAGACACCACAGCAGUGUUCUUCUCCUUGGCCCUUCUCAACCCCUUUCCUUCCCCCCUCUGAGGUAUGGGUUGGGCGUGUGGCUCCAGCACUCACCUCCGCCUUGGUAACGACGGUGGAUCUCGACUCUCCAGGUUGAGGCUUUGUUUUGUCCGAGGGUUACCUCCGAGGCUGAAUGGUUCCAUGAUUGGCGAGGGUGUCUGUGGUGCUUCAUAAUCUUGGGCCAAUGCAAUGGAAUGUGGCUUCCUUUGGGGUCCACCAGCCUCCGACGUGACCCUCGGCCUCUGCCCGGCGCUGAGGCACACUCUUACUCCUGGUUUAGGACUGAUUUCCUCUUUGGGUGUCCUUUGUUCUCUUCCUGGAAGUAAAUGUGGGAAGUUAUAAAUUGUACAAAGUCUUAGUUUCUCUUUUGUUCUAUGGGUCUGUUGUUAUGUUUAAGGGUAAUUAUUAUUGACUUCAGUCAGUCCCACCUUUCUCCACCAACUCUCCUUCUAAUAAUGUUGGGCUGGAGGUACAUACACAGGGCAUUUCAUUUACUGUACUAGGCCUAUGAGUGAAUCAAUAGCUUUACUGGAUCUUCAAAUGAGAAACCUAGUCGCUUGCCUCCAAAAUCAGAAAACUGGAAAGUGAUCCACCUGCCAAGUAAUAUGUCUUCUUGUUUUCUUGUAGCGGAAAAGUGACGGAUGCAAGGGCCAGGCUGGCCAGAGGAACAAAUUCCCACGCCCACUGCCGGCCCCUUGAGCGCCCUGCCUCCAGAAGGGACCCGCUUGUCAUACCUCAUGUGGCUCAGUUCUUUACCCUCGUGACGCAGUUAAGCUCUUUUUACACCAUCGGGUAAAGUUAGGCUCAUCAAGACAUAGUCAUAGUUACAGACAGUAAGCAAUGGUGAUAUUCUAUAUUGUUGGAAGUUUAGGUACAUUUUGAAGUACUAGUUUUGUCACAUUUUGAAUAUAAGCCUUGCCGUGUUCCGUUAGUAGUCUCUGCGGACCUCACCCGUUGCUAAUAUCACCAAGUAUAAGGAAUUAAAUUAUUAAGGCGUAUAUUCAAAGAUGUUCUGCCAUAAUAAUCUUAAUAAUACCGACGAUAAUGAAACCAUGAUACAAUGUUUCCAGGCGUGAUGUCUUAGGUGCAGAAUUUAUAAACAAAACUAAUAUAUCAUUAAAGCUGUAUACAACAAGGGCACCACCAGUCUUCUAGGAUACUUUUACAAUACUUCUCAGGGAUUUUCUUCUCACUGCUCAUUCUCCUGUGUUCGCUUCUCUUCAUACGUUUAAAUUGGGUAUUCCACUUCCUUUCCGUAGUCCACAAAUUCACUAGUUAUUUGAUACCCUCUGACGAGCCGUUGCCUGCCGGGGCUUUUCAUGACGUAGUCGCAGCAUUAGUGAUGGAACGCUUUGUAACACAGGAAAAUGCUUAAUACGUAAACCCAUAAGUACAUUUCUCAGUCUACAAAAUGCGGGUAUGAGACUAGGACCAAGAUUAUUUUUCCUGUUCCAUAGACGAAACACUGUUAUCCUGAAAUGCAGAUUAAUUUACAGGAAGCCAGACGCAUAGCAGACAAAUCGACACUAGAAAUACCACAUACACAUAUAAAGGCAAGCCAGGUCUUCUUAGGUGUUCGCUGCAACCAGUAUAAUAGCAUCUCUCAUGGAUCUUAACCUUUCAAGCAGGGAAGAAGCUUGCUGUCUGUAACCAUUGCUAUCACAACAUUACUAAUCCAUCACCUCGUACAAGUCUGUUAGGAAGGGUUGGUCUGCACGUGGCAUGUCAGUCCCUGAGGUUAGUUUAAUUUAUUGCCUGUAAGUAUAUAAAGGAAGGGACGAGGAGGAGCAUGCCACUGUCCACCAGUCUUAAGAAACUUCACUUGGCAUUGUACUGAAUUUUGCUUUUCGCCUCUUACUAUAACUUCCGGUCUCUGCUUGUGUGUGCGUUUAUAUUGACCCCCAGUUAUAGGUUGAAGCCAGCAGAGAGAGAAUGCGAGAAUGAGAGGAACAGACAAGUGGUAUUGAACAUGAGGCUAUCUGAUGCAAGUUCCAUUUGAUUUCAUAUCGUUACUACAGUUACCAUCUGGAGGCUCUUCCUUCCUCUUGUCCAAGAUCACGGACUUCUAUUUUUCGUGUAGUUCCCCCCUCUACUGAUGUCCCUGUUCUUGUGAAGCUAAAAAACACAUCUGGUGGAGUGUAGCGCUGGCACGUGGGGAGGCCGGGCGCCGCACCGGCCCUCGCCAAGUGCUUCAGAUCAGACAGUUGGGUAUGUCAGACGAUUAUCUUAUGUUGCUGAAUAUUGCCUUUAAUAUUAAUCUCAUUAGACUUGAGUGCUGUGUAUUUGAAUCAGAUUCAGCACUAUAAUUAACUGUUAGAGCUUGAGGCUUUAGUUGGAAAUAAUAAUAUUAAUGUUCAUCUAGCAUGUAUAAAGGGAAUAAACGCCACUGAAACGUGUAGUGAUAGGAUAUUUCAGGUCAGUUCCCAUAUACAUUGCAUGCACUACUAGUUUGGUGUUCAUAUUAUAAAAUAUAUAAAGAAUCAGCAUUACACAAAAAUACACAAGGUUAGUUUUUACUUAAUAUCUCCCGUUUUUAACCUUGUCUACUUUUGUUACCAAGAUCACUAGAUGCUGCUGUUAUUGCUACUGAUAGAUAGAGCAGUGAUUAAUGGAUCCCAAGUAUAGCUUCCUGUCGGACUCAGGAUGGUAUACAACUAUGAAAGGAAGAGUGACCUUGUCUGAAACACUCUGCAACUUUUUUUUAUAUAUUAUUGCAUCAAACAGGUGUUAAAAAGUAUUGAUUGCGAUCUGCAGGACUUUGCACUACAACAACAAUACUUCACUUGUACCUUUAGCGGUAAGAUUACUUUUUUUUUUCCUCCCUCUGUUCAAAGUGGUAUGGCUGAUAUUAUGUUGUAUUUUGAAAGGUGUGUAGAUUCCAUGUCUGUUCUUCACGUUAAUAAAAGUAUGUUGGAAC